AUGUCUUCCAAGCGACCAGCCUCUCCAUAUGGGGGGACAGAUGGAGAGGUAACCAUAGCAACCAGCAGACAGCGAGUGGAGGAUGAGGAGAGCGAGGGACUGGGUAGUGUGAUCCACCUCCCGUUGGCCUCCUACUGCAGCAAGGUGUCCCCGCGCUCGCCCCCUUUUCGGAGCUUGGACAGCCCUCCCAACAACACGGACCUGGAUGGCUCCAAGGUGAACUCCCUUAGCCCUUACCCCCUGCACAAUGCUACCUCACCGGGCAAAGAUGAAGGCGGGGCCGGGGCUCGACCGUGCGGCGACGGAGGUUCGGCCGCUGGCGCCCUGGGAACUCCGGAGAGACGCAAGGGUAGCCUGGCGGACGUGGUGGACACACUGAAACAACGCAAGAUGGAGGAGCUGAUCAAAAAUGAACCAGAAGAAGCUCCCAGCAUUGAGAGGCUGUUGUCAAAGGACUGGAAGGACAAACUUUUGGCCAUGGGCUCAGGGCACAUUGGCGAAAUUAAAGGUACCCCAGACAGCCUUGCGGAGAAAGAGCGCCAACUCAUGGGCAUGAUCGGCCAGUUAAGCAGCCUGAGGGAGCAGCUCCUGGCUGCCCACGAGGAGCAGAAGAAGCUGGCCGCCUCGCAGAUGGAGAAACAGAGGCAGCAGAUGGAGCUUGCCAAGCAGCAACAGGACCAGAUUGCCCGGCAACAGCAGCAGCUCCUGCAGCAGCAGCACAAAAUCAACCUCCUGCAGCAGCAAAUCCAGGUCCAAGGCCAACUCCCGCCGCUGAUGAUUCCCGUCUUCCCCCCAGACCAGAGAACCUUGGCGGCUGCGGCGGCCCAGCAGGGCUUCCUCAUGCCCCCUGGCUUCAACUACAAACCUGGCUGCAGUGACCCGUACCCUCUCCAGAUCAUCCCUACUACAAUGGCGGCGGCUGCAGCUGCCACGCCAGGUCUGGGACCCCUUCAACUACAGCAGUUGUACGCGGCUCAGCUGGCGGCCAUGCAGGUCUCCCCCGGGGCCAAGCAGCACGGCCUGGCGUCCCAAGCCAACCUGGGCACGCACUCCCCGCCCACCAACGCACACGCGCAGAGCGACAAGGGCCGUAGCUCCCCGCAAGCUAACAAGACCAAGGACAGUGAGGGCGCACAGCCAUUGAACCUGUCGGCCAAGCCUAAGGCAUCCGAGAGCAAGUCACCCAACUCCCCCCCAACUUCCCCACAGGUCCCCGCUGCCGUUGCCGCUGCCGCCAAGCUGGGCCCCGCCGGCUCCCUGAAGCACAGUGUCGCCCCCUCCAGCAUCGGAGGACCUCCGGCUAGAGUCAGCUCAAUAGCCUACCUGAACGACCACGAGGCCGUGACCAAGGCGUUCGCUGAGGCCCGACAGAUGAAGGAACAGCUCAAACGGGAGCAGCAGGUGCUGGACGCUAAAGUGGCGGCCGUUAGUAGCCUCGGACUCAACAACGGACGUUCCGACAAGGACAAGGCGGCCUUGGAGAGUUUGAGUCAACAGCUAAAGCAGCAGGCCGAGGACAAGUUCAGCCAUGCCAUGCUGGACUUCACCAUGAGCGGCGACUCGGACGGCUCCCCGAGCGUGUCCGACUCGCGGAUAUUCCGCGAGGCCCGGGGUCGCGGCACCAGCGAGCCGCACAUCAAACGCCCCAUGAACGCCUUCAUGGUGUGGGCCAAAGACGAGCGGAGGAAGAUCCUGCAGGCUUUCCCUGACAUGCACAACUCCAACAUCAGCAAGAUCCUCGGUUCGCGCUGGAAAGCCAUGACCAACCUGGAGAAGCAGCCGUACUACGAGGAGCAGGCGCGCCUCAGCAAGCAGCACUUGGAGAAGUACCCCGACUACAAAUACAAGCCGCGGCCUAAGCGCACGUGCCUCGUGGACGGCAAGAAGCUGCGCAUCGGCGAGUACAAAGCUAUCAUGCGCUCUCGGCGACAGGAAAUGAGGCAAUACUUCAGCGUGGGGCAACAGAGUCAACUACCCCUUUCGUCGGCGGGCGUAGUCUACCCAGGUGCCCUCUCCAUGGCGGGCAUGCCGUCGCCGCAGAUGCCCUCAGAGCACUCCAGCAUGUCGAGCAGCCCCGAACCCAACGCCAACCACCACCACCCCCACCACACCUCGUCCCACAUGGGCGGGCUGAAGGGCGACGAACCCCGCAUCAAGGAGGAGGAGCUUCGGUUAGACGACAGCAACGGCGACGUCUACGACGACUUCGACUACGAAGACGAGGAGGCCGACUACGCUAGCGACAACGAGAAUCACAUCGCCCAAUAG